AUGCGACUUUACUUUAUUCUGCUCUGGACUCUUUUGAUCAAGUCUCAUGGCUACUUCUCGGAGGAAAAGUAUCCAGAGGAGUCCAAAAUGCAACUUCCCACCGUGGUCAUCGUGGUCAUAGCCCGAAACGCCGCUCAUUCGCUGCCUUACUACCUUGGCGCUCUGGAAAGACUGAACUACCCCAAAGAACGCAUCUCAAUAUGGGCAGCAACCGACCACAACUCUGAUAACACCACAGCUGUACUUAAAGAAUGGCUAACUGUUAUGCAGAAGAAUUACCAUCAUGUUGAAUGGAGGCCAAUGGACCAGCCCACGUCCUAUGCAGGAGAGCUGGGUCCUAAGCACUGGCCGAACACGAGAUACGAGUAUGUGAUGAAACUGAAGCAGGCAGCUCUUACCUUUGCAAGAAAACAUUGGGCCGACUACAUAUUGUAUGCUGACACAGACAAUAUCCUCACCAAUGCAGAGACCCUCAAUUUGAUGAUCGCUGAGAACAAGUCGGUGAUUGCCCCCAUGCUGGACUCUCAGGGGGCAUUCUCCAACUUCUGGUGUGGCAUCACUCCUCAGGGUUACUAUCGCCGGACUGCAGAGUAUUUCCCCACCCGAAACCGCAACAAAUUGGGGUGUUUUCCAGUGCCGAUGGUCCACUCCACGAUGCUUCUGGAUCUGAGGAAGGAGGGCAUGAAGAACCUGGCCUUCUUCCCUCCGCACAGAGACUACUCCUGGCCAUAUGACGAUAUCAUUGUUUUUGCCUUUUCUUGUAGAGCUGCAGAAAUUCAGAUGUAUUUGUGCAACAAGGAGCGUUAUGGCUAUCAGAAUGUGCCAUCCAAACCUCACCAGACCAUGGAGGACGAUCGACUGAACUUUGUCCAUCUCCAUUUGGAAUCCAUGAUUGAUGGUCCCCCGAUGAAGCCAUCUCGUCAUGUCCACAUGUUCCCCAAACACAGAGACCUCAUGGGAUUUGAUGAAAUAUUUCUUAUAAAUCUGCAGCGUCGCACUGAUCGCAGAGACAGGAUGUUAUAUUCUCUUAAUGAGUUGGAAAUUGAUGUAAAGGUGGUGCCUGCUGUAGAUGGGAAUGCGUUGAACAGUAGUGAUAUAAAAAUCCUGGGAGUGGACCUGCUGCCCGGUUAUCACGACCCUUUCUCUGGACGCACUCUGACCAAAGGAGAAGUGGGCUGCUUUCUGAGCCAUUUCUUCAUCUGGAAAGAGAUUGUGGAUGUUCAAAUGGACAAGGCUCUGAUCUUUGAAGAUGACAUCCGAUUCCAGGCGAACUUCAAACGCAGAGUGCUCAGACUGAUGGAGGAGGUGGAGCAGACACAGCUGGACUGGGAUAUCAUCUACCUGGGGAGAAAGAAGGUGAUUGUUGGAGACGAGGAACCAGUGGAGAACGUUCAUAACUUGGUGUGGGCCGACUAUUCCUUUUGGACCUUGUCUUAUGCCAUCUCUCUGCAAGGAGCUCAGAAAAUGAUGAAUGCUGAACCACUUUCCAAAAUGCUACCAGUCGAUGAAUUCCUCCCCAUAAUGUAUGACAAACAUCCCAAUGAGGCGUACAAAUCUCAUUUCCUAAACAGAAACUUGCAGGCCUUCAGCACACGGCCACUGCUGGUCGAGCCCAGUCAAUAUGCAGGGGAUCCGGAGUGGGAAGUGGCAGGAGGCGGCAGGAGGCGGCAGGAGGCGGCAGGAGGCGGCAGGAGGCGGCAGGAGGCGACAGGAGGCGACAGCAGCAGGCGGUCUGCCCGAAGGCCUGAUCAUGAGGCCGCCUUCGUAGUAGUGGGCGGGACACAUGCAGGAAGGAACCCCUCUGACAUCUGCUUGCAGCCCAUGCUCCAGUCCUACCACACUCUGAGCCCCAUGCUUGGAGCUUACCAAACCAGCGCAGCCACACUUCGUCGGGAUUGUGUUUUGGGAUCUUCUGGCGUUAGGAUCAACCUCCAUGGCCUUUAUAGGGACUCAGAACCCACCACAGAAAAGAGUGUUCCCUAUGAGAAAACCCUCAAGCAAAAUGAUGGGACCACGUCUGGGCCCACCAAACCACUCCCCAGGUCUGCAGAUGCUGUGGUAAUUGGAGGCGGAAGUCUGGGCUGUCAGACAAUCUACCACCUGGCCAAAAUGGGGAUGACCAAUGUGGUUUUACUGGAGAGGGACCGGCUGACCGCUGGCACCACCUGGCACACAGCAGGUUUACUCUGGCAGCUCCGUCCCAGUGAUGUGGAAGUGGAGCUCCUGGCUCACACUAGAAAUGUGAUCAGCAAAGACCUGGAGGAGGAGACUGGGCUCCACACCGGCUGGAUCCAAAAUGGAGGCCUGUUUAUUGCCUCAAAUAAACAGAGGCUGGAUGAGUACAAGCGUCUCAUGUCGCUAGGUAAAGUCUAUGGCAUUGAGUCCCAUGUUCUGUCACCGGCUGAGACAAAGGACCUCUAUCCUCUCAUGAACGUGGACGAUCUCUAUGGAACACUGUACGUGCCCAAAGACGGGACCAUGGACCCGGCCGGCACCUGUACCACCCUGACCAGAGCCGCCUCCGCCCGGGGAGCCACAGUGAUUGAGAACUGCCCUGUUACUGACAUUCAAGUAAAGUCUGAUGACCUUGGAGUGAAGAGGGUGAACGCUGUGGUGACUGCUCAUGGGACCAUAGAAACCCCGUGCGUUGUCAAUUGUGCAGGCGUGUGGGCGACGAAGCUUGGAGAGAUGGCUGGAGUGAAGGUUCCUCUUAUAGCAAUGCAUCACGCCUACGUGGUGACUGAGAGGAUAGAGGGAAUCCAAAACAUGCCAAAUGUUAGAGACCACGAUGCGUCCGUGUAUCUGCGUCUCCAAGGUGAUGCCCUGUCUGUGGGAGGCUACGAACAAAACCCAAUUUUCUGGGACCAGGUCUCUGAUAAAUUUGCAUUCAGUUUAUUUGAUCUGGACUGGGACAUAUUUAUGCAGCACAUUGAGGGUGCCAUGAACAGAGUCCCCGCCCUGGAGCAGACGGGCAUCAAGUCCACGGUGUGCGGACCAGAGUCCUUCACAGCAGACCACAAGCCUCUAAUGGGCGAAGCUCCUGAAGUCAGAGGAUACUUCUUGGGCUGUGGUUUCAAUAGUGCAGGGAUGAUGCUGGGUGGUGGCUGUGGACGGGAGCUUGCACACUGGAUUAUUCACGGGCGCCCAGAGAAGGACAUGUACGGGUAUGACAUCAGGCGUUUCCAUCAUUCACUGACGAAUAAUAAUCGGUGGAUUAGAGAGCGCAGCCACGAGUCCUACGCCAAAAACUACUCAGUCGUGUUUCCCUUUGAUGAGCCGCUGGCCAGUCGCAACAUGAGGAAAGACCCCUUUCAUAAGGUGCUGACGGAGCAGGGCUGUGUGUUCCAGGAGAGACACGGCUGGGAGAGACCGGGCUGGUUCAACACGGAUGGACCGGCACCUGUCAAAGACUAUGAUUACUACGGUGCAUAUGAUACUCCGAAAAAUGUAAACUACAAAUACAAUGACCUACUGGGAAAAGAAUACACAUUUGGCUUCCCUCCACAUCAUGACGUGAUUAAAAGCGAGUGCCUUUCCUGUAGAAACGGUGUGGCUGUGUUCAACAUGUCCUAUUUUGGGAAGUUCUACCUCACUGGGCCUGAUGCUAAAAAAGCAGCCGAUUGGUUAUUCACUGCGGAUGUCAACAAAAAACCAGGGUCUACUGUGUACACCUGUAUGCUGAAUAAGAAAGGAGGCUCUGAGGCCGAUCUUACUGUGAGCCGCCUGGAGCCUGGAGCUGCUAAUCUGCCUCUGGCUCCUGAAUCCAACGGUGAUGCUUAUUAUCUUGCCGUUGGAGGUGGAGUGGCCGAGCACAACUGGAACCACAUCUCCUCCGUUCUUCAAGACCAAGGCUUUAGCUGCCAGCUCAAAGAUCACUCUGAAGACAUGGGCAUGAUCAGCAUCCAGGGACCCCAGAGUCGAGCUGUGCUGCAGGAGGUGUUGGACACGGACCUCAGCAACGACGCCUUCCCUUUCUCUUCCCAUAAAGUGGUGAAUGCAGCGGGGCAUCAGGUCAGAGCUAUGCGUCUGUCGUUUGUGGGGGAAUUGGGAUGGGAGCUGCACAUUCCCAAAGAUUCAUGUAUUCCAGUCUACAACGCCGUCAUGGCUGCCGGCGCCAAACAUGGUAUCAUCAACUCGGGCUACAGGGCCAUUGACUCCCUCAGCAUAGAGAAAGGUUAUAGGCACUGGCACGCAGACCUCCGUCCAGAUGACACCCCUCUGGAGGCUGGUCUUGCCUUCACUUGCAAACUCAAGAGCUCCAUCCCUUUCCAGGGACGUGAUGUCUUGGAACAGCAGAAGAAGGACGGUCUGAAGAGGAAGAUCGUGUGCUUUACCAUCGAUGAGAAGAUGCCCAUGUUUGGUCUUGAGGCCAUCUUUAGAAAUGGUGUCCCAGUUGGCCACCUGAGACGUUCAGAUUACGGCUUCUUCAUCGACAAAACCAUCGGUUAUGGAUACAUCCGCAACCCUGAUGGAGUGGUGAACAAUGAUUUCGUAAAGACCGGAGACUUCACUCUGGAGAGGAUGGGAGUGACGUACAAAGCUAAAGCACACAUCAAGACGCCAUUCGACCCGGAGAACAAACGCAUCAAGGGUUUUUAUUGA